AUGUGCAGCGAAUUUGAAAGACUUGACACAAAGAAAGUUAAAAAAAGUGGUGAAGAAAACCACAUGAUGAAGAUGAUGAGUAAGCUCAUGGAGAAUGUCAACACUGAUCUGUAUGUUGAAAUUUUCAAGCAUAUAGAUAUCUUUGAAUCAACUUUUGCUGUUGCUCGUUUUCUAGAAGCAUGGGGAAAAGCUAAUAACGAGCUUUGGCAAACCCUAGAUUUCUCCAUGUUGAAAUCUGAUUUUGUCAGGACUGGAUCUGCGCCGUUCGUUUGGGUCCAUUCUGGCUUUGAUAAUGUUUUAUAUAAUCUCUUGUUUAUUGCAUUGAAUUCCAGUAGAGGAAAUAUCAAGAAUUUGAUUUUUCAUCACGAUUUGUAUCUCGCAGAUGAUCAAUUCAUGUACACAGCUAAAAGGUGUCCACUUGUAAGACGAUUAGUCUUUCUAUCAUGGAAUAGAGUCAAGAAAAUAUCAAUGCGAAUGGCGAUUAGGGGUUGGAAAGAUCUAGAGUCAAUGACGAUGCCUAGUAUAGCCGAUCCAAAAUAUGUAUUUGAAGAAAUUUCAGAGAAUUGCAAGAACUUCAGAGAACUAAAGGUUAUGGGGCGUUUUCAUCUAGGGUUUGCUAAGUCUCUCACUAUGUAUCUUCCAAAGUUAAGAGUACUGAGUAUUAGAUGUUCAGAGUUGGAUAAAGAAGCUCUUAUUUUAAUUUUAGAUAAACUUGAACAUUUACAAGUGCUUAACAUUUCUCAUUCUUGUUUUGUGAAUGAUAGUAAUAAGAGUUAUGAAGGAUAUAGGUUUAUUAGUGAGAGUGAUUGUAGUAUAAGUGACAAGGUUUCUAGGUUGCGUGAGUUUCUCAUGUGUAGCAAAGAAUCAUGCAUCAUGUGCCAACGAACAAAAAUUGAUGGUGGACGUCCAAGGUGGUUCAAGUAUGAGGAAGGAAGUUGGAAAGAUGAUGAAGUCAGUUCUCUUGCACUUUGA